GGGGAGGAUUGUGAGGGAGGUGGAGGGGACGGUGCUGAUGCAUGUGAACUUCGCGGUGAAGCAGGAUUUGUCGCUGGGGAACGAGGUGAUUGGGAUUGUGAAGUCGGAUUUUGAGGUGAUUAAUCAUUUUGUGGUUGCUGUGGUUCUUUCCAUUGUGAGGGUUAGGAGGUUUGGGGAGAAUGCGAUUGGGGUUUUGAAGGCGGCGGUUGUUGGUUCGCAGAAGGAUUAUAGAGUUUCAAGGGAUUGCAAAUGGUUGCCGGAUAAAGUGAAGGAAGAAUGUCUUGAAACAGCCAAAUAUGUGGAGAAGGCUUUCAUUAAAGCUAUUAAUGAGAGCAACUGUGGUAGAGAGCAUGUAGUACCUAGCAUUGUCCAGUUCUGCUUUAUCUUGCUAGAGUCAGCGAAUGAGGAGACUGGUAAAGUCAGUGAUGGAGCUGAAGAACUGAUGGGUAUUGAAGAACUUGGGAUUAAGUUGCUCAAGACUCUUUUUUGA